UGCUCCUUCGUUCCUCGAAUGCACAACUACACGUAUUCAUUGGAUCACCAAUCCCAUUCUUUCUUUCUUUCUUUCUUCUUCUUCUUCUUCUCUGCUGUCCCUCCCCAUAUAACUCUUUCACAUGCCCGGAACCUAGGCAACACAAAUAACCUCAGCUUAGUUUUUGGCUUUUUCUUUCUUCUUUUUUUUCUUUUGAGGUGGUGGGCUGGGGAGUUUUCAAGUUUAGUUUCUUUUCUCAUGGAGAAUCUUCUUUCUCAUUCCUAUAUUGUUAUCGCUUAUGAUGCCACUAAGGAUCGUGGUAUGCACGAGCUUAAACGCACCAUUAAUGAAGUUAGAUUGAGAGGUGACAUUCUUCAUACAGGUGAUAGGCUUAUUGUUCUUGGAGUUCUCCAUAAAGUGCCUAAUUCCUUGGGUUAUAUGAAAGCAUGCCCUGAUUCUUUUGGUGGAGCAAGCGCUAGUGUGUUGGAAGAGGAAGUUACAAAGAAAAUUAAUGUGUAUCUAAACAUGCUCCUGGAAAGUGCUGAAGUUUGUGAAGAUGAAGGGGUCACCAUUGAAGUUAAAAUUACAGCAGGAACUCCAAUGAAGCAGGUCAUUCUUCAAGAAGUUGUUUCUUAUAAGGCAACUUGGGUCAUACUAGAUAGGCAUCUUAGAAGAGACUUGAAGUUUUAUCUUAAACAGAUACCUUCCAAGCUUGCACUGAUCCAUGAUAACUUAUCUGUGGAACUUAAGAGACCUCAUUUUGCAAAUGAAACGGACCCUAUAGAACAGAAGCCAUUCUAUUCCAUGUCCAAACCUGUUCCCCUGCUGAAUCGUCAAGGUGGUGAAAAUGAAGGGCAGUGUGUUAUCUCUUGCAGAAGCUUUUCAUUAUCAAUUAAUUCUCUUGAAAGUUCUGACAUGCAUAGUUCCAGUUCGUUACCCUCAUCUUCAUAUGGAUCACGCGAGCAUAGUUUUCUGUUAGAUUUUGGGGCGUCUUCUAAGCAACAUAAAGCAGGUACAUACAACAAACCAGACAGUAACUAUCCUCCUUCCACUCAGAUUGCCCACCAUAAAAAUGUUUCUCGACGUCAAACAUCGGAAGCACCUAUUCUUUGUUCUGCAUGUGGGGCGAGGACUGAAUUUUAUAUUAAGGAUGCAAUGAGAUUCACUUUUUCUGAGAUUCAGCUUGCAACACAAGAUUUUUCAAAAGAGAACUUAUUAGGAGAAGGUGGUUAUGGACAUGUAUAUAAGGGAGAGCUAAAAGAUAAACAGCUAAUUGCUGCAAAGGUACGCAAAGAAGCAAGCACACAAGGGUUUGCAGAAUUUCAGUCUGAGGUAUAUGUCUUAAACUUUGCCCGCCACAAGAACAUCGUCAUGCUUUUGGGUUUUUGUUGCAAGGAGAAUCUUAACAUCUUGGUUUAUGAGUAUAUAUGCAACAAGUCUCUGGAUUGGCAUUUAUUUGAUAAGGCAGCAAUUGUUCUUGAUUGGCACCAAAGAUAUUCCAUUGCAAUAGGAACUGCAAAGGGAUUGCGUUUUCUGCAUGAAGAAUGCCGUAGUGGUCCUAUCAUUCAUCGAGAUUUGCGGCCUGGGAAUAUAUUGCUCACACAUGACUUUGUUCCAAUGCUGGGGGAUUUUGGCCUUGCCAGAUGGAAGACCACUGACGAGGUCCAGACAAGGGUACUUGGCACGCUGGGAUAUCUUGCUCCAGAGUAUGCAGAAAAUGGUAUUGUUUCUGUGAGAACAGAUGUCUAUGCAUUUGGCAUUGUUCUCUUACAACUAAUAUCCGGACAAAAAGUAGUUGAUUUAAAACGAGUCGAAGGACAACAAUCACUUCGACAGUGGGCAGAACCACUGAUUGAGAGGCUCGCACUACACGAACUCAUCGAUCAACGAAUAGUAGAUUCAUAUGACACAUAUGAAUUAUACCUCAUGGCUAAAGCAGCAUAUCUAUGCAUACAAAGAAACCCCGAAAGGCGGCCAUCAAUGGGAGAGAUCGUGCGCCUUCUCGAAGGAGAAAACAACCGAAUCCAUCAUUUAGGGGAGCAAGUUUUACCUCAUUAUCAUGCAAGGAGAUGAAGAGGUUGAAGAUACACAUCAUUUUAGUUUUACAGAUGUAUAUCUCUGUGUUUUUUCAUCUCUACUUUCUUACAUGCCUUGUUCUGGCUGCUGAUUUUGUCUUAAAAUAGUUUUAGAGGAGAACUUUAGUCAUCACUUAGAUAAAGGUAUGUUCAUUUCCUUGUCUAAAUAAAACACUGAAUGAGAAGUGUCCAUGUUUUGUGGACGUUUAAGCCAAUUUGUUUUGUAGUUUGUAAUGCAUUGAGUAGCUUCUCUCCUCCAUGUUCAAUUUCAACAAAACUCAGUGAAAGCUUAUAAUGAGAUGAGAAGGAUUGAAAAGGACACAAGUUAUGUGAAUUUUCUAUAGAUAAUAACAACAAAAUUCAUAUAGAUAAGUAUCAAAAAAUGAAAAUUUCUAGAUUCCAGGCAGUGCAGGCACUAUAUGUUUUUUUUUUGGUGGGUGCAGAAGCAAUAGUUGACCCACGUCUUAUCAUGUAUCUCUCAAGCUUUGCAUAAUAAUUUUUAUCAUAUCCAUGGGAGCAAAAGGAGAACUAUCUAGAGGAUUUAUCAGUAUCAAAAUGUGUGGAGCCAGACAGAAGAAUAAACAACUACAAGUUGGACUAAGCAACAGUUUUCUCCACAAGGGUUGGGUGUAGAUUGUAGAGAGAAUCAUUAGGGUUUUGGCUUUCUCCAUACAACAAAAGCAUGAGAUUCUGAGAUUGAGAUGGACCUUAGUUUUAGAAGGAACCUUCCCAUUACCCAUUUAAUCUUUCUGCUUACUUUUCAUCUUGUUUCCCUUUUACAUGCAUCACAAAUUGACAGUGGUGCCACUUCUUCAGAUGCCACAUUCACCCACUAUGAAAUUUUUUUUUUUUUUUUAAAUUUUUUUACAUACACCAAGUGUAUAUGCAUCCAAUUAAGGAUUUAAAAAACAAUUUCUGA